AUUUGCAUCUUUGCAUCUAUUUUUACAGAACUUUUGCAUGCUCUAGAUGCACAGUUUGCAGACGGUGGUUUUUACAGGCACUGAUGUCUGCCUGGAAGUAUCAGGUGACGAGUUAGUUGUGUUGGAUAAAGAGUGGCGUCCCUUGGGAAGGAAGGUAUGAGUAGGGUUGAGUUCUCACAAGGUUACUGAGGGACUGGUCUCCAAGCAGUGGCUGCUGUAUAGCUUGAAGCCCCAAGGAAACUGCCCAGGGAGAAGCAGAAUCAUGAAAUCUAGUGAGCUGUAGCCAGGGUAUCUCAGCUGGCCUGAACUGAUAAGAAUUUAUCCUAAUUUAGCUUCAGUAAUUGAGUUUAUUUCUGUAUCAGCACUGCAGAAGGGUUCGUUUCAGUAGUGGGUGAAGUUUGAUGCUGAAAAUGGAAAAAGAUUACACAAGUCAACUGCUGCUGCUUUGUAGGACACCAUGAACAAGGUCACACGAAGAAGUUUAAGGCAAUCGGUUAAUAUUCUGGGUGGUAUACUUAUUAUCUGUUUGUAUUAUAAACUCUGAUUAUUAAUAGGAAAAUAACACUUCUGAAACAGAAUGUUGCCUACCUUUUGCCUGAAAAGGUGAAAUAUUUUCAAAUAGAAAUGGCUGAUAAAGGUGGGAAGAUCCUCCCAGGACAAUUGUACAUUGAAGUGGAGUACGACUAUGAGUAUGAGGCCAAGGACAAGAAAAUUGUGAUUAAACAAGGGGAGAAAUACAUCUUAGUGAAAAAGACUAAUGACGAUUGGUGGCAAGUCAAAAGAGAUGAAAAUUCCAAACCCUUUUAUGUGCCAGCACAGUAUGUGAAGGAAAUACCACGAAAAGCACUGAUGCCACCUGUUAAGCAGGCAAGCAUGCUGCCAAAUAAUGCUCUGAAGUUGACACAUGGAUUACAAAGAUCAACAGAAAAUGUGAAUAAGUCACCAGAGCUUUCUAGUUUUGGAAAAUCUUCUCCAGUUCAAGUGUCUUGCUUAGUUCGAGAUGCCAAUCAAAAUCUGGGACUGAACACUAGCCCCGGUCAAACUCUUGGUUUAAGUCUGGACCUUACCUCGAACAAUGGAAAACUUAACAAUGAGUUGCAAUCUCCCAAGGUUUCCAAUCAGUAUAGAACCGUCUCCAUGGGUCAUUUCCCAUGUCCAGAGUUCUUGGAAAUAGAGAAGACCAGCUUUUUGCAUGAACAAUCUUGUGAUUCAGCAGGAGAAGGCUCAGAAAAAAUUCACCAAGAUUCGGAGUCUGGAGAUGAACUCAGUAGUAGCUCCACAGAACAAGUGCAGCCAACUACUCCACCAAGCCAAGGGAGGCCUGAUUCACCAGUUUAUGCUAAUUUACAAGAACUGAAAAUAUCUCAGUCUGCACUUCCACCACUACCUACAAGUGCUCCGGUCCAAAUAAAUGGGGAAUGGGAAACCCAUAAAGAUACGACAGGACGCUGUUAUUACUACAACAGAGGAUCACAGGAACGAACCUGGAAACCUCCACGGUGGGCCCGAGAUGCAAGCAUUAAUAAAGGGGAUUCCCAGAGCCAUGCAGAUCAUGAGCAUCUUUCGUCAGAAGAAAACGACCACAGUUCUUGUUACAGCCAGUCAGAUAGUCAGUAUGGGUCUCCUCCAAAGGGUUGGUCAGAAGAGUUGGAUGAACAUGGUCAGACCUUAUAUACCAAUGACUAUACUAAUGAAAAGUGGAUAAAACAUGCAGAUGAACAAGGUAGACCGUACUACUACAGUGCUGAUGGUUCCCGAUCAGAAUGGGAGUUACCUAAGUAUAAUGCUUCGCCACAGCAGCAGAGAGAUAUAAUAAAGAGUAGGAGUCUGGACAGGAAGCUACAAGAACCAAUAGUUUUAACAAAAUGGAGGCACAGCACAAUUGUGUUGGACACCAACGAUAAGGAAUCAUCAACUACUGCUAAGGCCAGUUUUCCUGAAAAUGAAUCUUCUUCUUCACCAAAGCAUCAAGCCACAGGUCAAGAGAAGUAUGGGUUAUUGAAUGUGACAAAAAUUACAGAAAAUGGGAAGAAAGUUCGAAAGAAUUGGAUGUCAUCAUGGGCAGUGUUACAAGGUUCAUCAUUGCUGUUCACUAAAACCCAAGGAAGUGGAACUGGCUGGUCAUUUUGCCAAGGGGGCUCAAUUCCUGAGCUCUUGCUCUCGCUGCUUUCUUCUUGGAAAAAUGCUCUCAGUCGUCGACCUGCUGUCACCUAUGUAAACUCUGACCAAGUUUCAGCUAUCACUAAGUUUGGUGUCAAUCAGUCCAAGCCAGAAUUUACAGUGGAUCUCAAAGGGGCAUUGAUUGACUGGGCCUCAAAGGACAAAUCCAGCAAAAAGAAUGUUAUUGAGCUUAAAACCCGCCAAGGAACUGAGCUCUUAAUUCAAUCUGAUAAUGACAGCUUUAUUAAUGAAUGGUAUAAAGUUCUUAACUAUACCAUCAACAAUCAGGUAGUAGAGUCUGAUGAAGCAUUAGAAGAUGAAGUACCAGAUUCCCCUGGGGUGGAAAAACAAGACAAAGAAAAAGAGAAGGAGAAUAAAGACUCUAAGAAACUUCGUUCAGUGAAAGCACCUAGCAAUAUAGAUUCCACAGAUCAGAAAAAGACCAAAACGAAGCUCAAGAAGUUUCUUACACGACGCCCUACAUUACAAGCUGUCCGUGAAAAAGGCUACAUUAAGGAUCAAGUGUUUGGUUCCAAUCUCACCAGCUUGUGUCAAAGAGAAAACAGCACGGUGCCAAAGUUCGUCAAGCUGUGCAUUGAGCAUGUUGAGGAACAUGGAUUAGAUGUUGACGGCUUAUACCGAGUUAGUGGCAAUCUUGCAGUGAUACAGAAGUUAAGAUUUGCAGUCAAUCACGAUGAGAAACUAGACUUGAAUGACAGUAAAUGGGAAGAUAUACAUGUCAUUACAGGAGCUCUAAAGAUGUUUUUCAGAGAAUUGCCAGAGCCACUGUUCACUUAUAAUCACUUCAAUGACUUCGUCAAUGCAAUUAAACAAGAACCAAGGCAGCGUGUCCAUGCUGUUAAAGAUUUAAUCAAACAGUUGCCAAAACCAAAUCAGGACACUAUGCAGGUACUCUUUAGGCACCUGAAGAGAGUUGUAGAAAACGGAGAAAAGAACCGAAUGACCUAUCAAAGUGUGGCAAUAGUUUUUGGUCCAACCCUAUUAAAACCAGAAAAAGAGACUGGUAACAUAGCAGUCCACACAGUAUACCAGAAUCAGAUUGUAGAAUUAAUUCUACUGGAAUUGAAUUCCAUCUUUGGACGCUGACAUUUUUCUUGGAGUAGAAACUGGAAGUGAUGGGUUGGCAGCAGUACUCAUCAGAAGGAAAAUCUCGCUGUACAUGAUGUAUUAUGUUUGUGGACCAAGCAGCAACUUGUUUUUUGCACUUUUGGGGAGGGGAGAAACAGGAGAAAUGUUUGACCACUUUAAUGCGAAUUAAAGACAACACUUUGGAUUUCUUUGAAAAGUUAAAUAUAACAAGUGAAUUGAAAAGUUUAUAGUUUGCCUUUUUUAAAGUAGCAUUGGAAAAAUGUAAUAUAGGUUCAUACACUGGAUUUCAUGGAGAGUAAAGCUAUUAAUCUCAAACUGGAUAAUCUGGAAUUUAAUCUUAAAAUUCUUCCAUUUGAUAGGGAAAAGUCCUGCCAACUGGUAUGGAAAAAUUCAGUGGAGUUACAUCUUAAGUUUGUGUAUUACAACCUAGUCAGAUCUGUACGACACUUUUCCAAAGGGUUUGUGCAUGCAGUGGCUGUCUUAAACUUGUGCUAACAGUUUGGUUUAUUUUAUUUAAAUCUAAUUCCUCACUUGAUAUCUGCUGUCCUUUUUCCUUCCCCCCCUUUUCUUUCUUUUUUCUUUUCUUUUCUUUCCUUUUUUUUUUCCCCCAGCAACCUUUCUGGAAAUUCUUAGUUGCUUUAUAGAACAGCACACUAUUUCAAACACUGAAUUGCAAGAAUAUCCAGCAACGGAUAUUUGUCUCGUGGCAUAAUAGAAGUAAUAUUUAAUAAACUUGUUCAUUUUUUCAGGGUAUUUCCUGAGCUAAGUUUUGUGUUAUACUGAUUUAAAGCUAAAAUCCUAAGUAAAUACCAACUGUGUAACACUGUAUUGAGUUCUUGGUAUAAUGCUGUGGUAGCAGAAGUUUCUUGGUGUAAAUACAGGCUGUGCUUUUGAUUCUUGUAUAUAAUUCAGUUCCUGUAUAGUUUAAGAACACUUUAGUCACACAUUUCUAAUCAUGGGUAGAUUAGCUACAGUAGCAUAAUGUUUCCAGUGGAUGUCUGGGUUUCAGCAGGGAAACAGGUUUUGGGGAGGGAGGGGGGACCUAACUGUGUGCACUUUUAGAUGUUAAUUACAUUUGCGGGCAAAUAACUGUAAUGCAAAUGGUACUGGAGAAAUACUGAGUGUGCUUGCUAAAUUGUUAAUGCACUACAAGAGGAGCCUUUUAGGUUAUUUAAUAUGUACAGGAUACAUUAGAAAAAUGUAUUAUGAAUUCUAACAUCUACAAAUAGUGAAACUCAUGUUUUGAUAGAUGGAUGUUUGAUGGAAUCCAUGAUGCUAAAUUUCAGAUUUUCUUUUUACAUUAAUGUAGAAUAAUUUGUAAAAUUGGUUUUGGAAGAUUUUGUUACAGGGAGCAUGGUCUGCUGAAGAUUUUUUUAAAUGUAUUUUUCUAGACUAACUGCUGUAUCUGACAUAUUUGUUAUGUCUAACCUGAAUAAAGAAAACCGUUAGUUCUUUUAGAGUUUGCCAUUCCCGCUUCAGACAACAUGAACCCCCUUUAAACAAUAAGACCGAUGUAUCUCACCGCUUAGCAUGGAUACUGCUUCUGGCAAAGAGUUGUCAGGCUGGAUUAAAAGACAAAUGCUUACUUGAUAACCUGACAAUUUUGGGAGCUUCCCAGUCCCUUUCUUUAACAACUUAAAUUCUAACAUAAGAUUCAGAGAGGGCAGAAGUAAUUCAUGGAUAUAAAUUUGCAGUCUUUAAAACAUAGCCCAACUUGGAACUUACUGAACACAAAGCAGAUAUAUUGGGGAAAUAAUUGUAUUUCGCGGUUAUCUGUUGUAUACCUUUCACAACGCGGUCCUGGCUUACAGCAAGGGGGAUGUGUGGCGAAGUACCGAGCUGUGAUCAGAUGAACGCUACGAGAAUUUCAUGAGUGUAGGACUUGCAUGAAAAGUCGUCGGAGAUAAAAGAGAAGAUGAGUUACCUUGUGGCUUUCUCACUGUCUUCUUGUGGUAAUGGUGAAGUCUUGUGGUUAGUUGCAAAACGACCUGGGUGAGAAUUGUGAUAGCUCCGUCUCGGUGUUGUCAGCAGCCUCCUGGUAGGCUGUCAAGCCCAAGCAGUGCCGAGCCCCAAGCUACUGGAAAAUAUCAACAAAAUUGAAAUCUGUUGCUGUAGAAUAUUUAAAUCCCAACUUCAGCUGUAAAAUAAAAAAGAAUUCCCACUGCUAAAUGAGAAGGCUUAUCUACAGGUCACCUUUUCUGUACGAGUGUUACACUUUUUGAAGAAAUAAUGCCUUUUUAGAACAAUUUGAUAAUGAGGAUGUCACAUUUUUCCUUGUAUUCCCCCAAAAUAAAGCAUUUUGUUAUUACAA